CGCACGCGCGGUGCGAUGCGGCGCGUGGCGCGGGCCGCGCUGAGGGCGCUGCCCCGGGAGGCGCCGCCAUGGCGGCCCCGCCGCCCCCCGCCCGGCCCCGGGGCUGUGCUGCCGCCGCACUGCUCGCUCUGCACCGCCCCGGGGCCGCCCUGGGGUCCGGCCCGCCCGCUCUGCACCGCCCCGGGGCCGCGCCGGGUCCCGUCUCGCCCGGCCUGCACCGCCCCGGGGCCGCCACCGGCGACGCACUAUCGCCUGGUGUACACCUGCAAGGUGUGCCAGACGCGCUCGUCCAAAUCCAUCUCGAAGGCCGCCUACCACCGCGGGGUGGUGAUCGUGACCUGCCCCGGCUGCGGGAACCACCACGUCAUCGCCGACAACCUGGGCUGGUUCUCCGACCUGCAGGGAAAGAGGAACAUCGAGGAGAUCCUGGCAGCCAAAGGGGAGAAGGUGAGACGUGUGGCUGGUGAGGAAGCUCUGGAAUUGCUGCUGGAAAGCUCGGCAGAGCCCGAGUCCCAAGGUCAGCUGGCAGAGGGGGACAGCAAGGAAGCCCCCCCAGAGCCUGGCAGCAAGGGACAGACCUGACACAUGGGGCUGUGACCUGUGGGACAGGCCUGACACGUGGGAUUUGGGUUGCCCUGUUGGUGCUAAGAGACUCUUUACCUUAAUUCCCUGAUUUCCACAGUCUGUAUUUAAAAUAAACUUGGGUGUGGGUUUUUCUC